UCUUUCAAUUUUGCAGAUUUUCAUUUCUUUCUGUUUUUUUUUUUCUUUUUGUUGGCACAAACGAUUCUUGGUAGUUGACAUUAGAUAAGGUCUCCAGGUUUUCGAUUAGUCGGUUAGAUUCUAGGAUUGGGAUUUCUUGAACAACGAUGUGAUUCUGGAGAGAUUAGCUUUAGAUCUUAAAAUAUGUAGCCCAUAUUUUAUUGAUUUCUUUCCUUCGAAUUUUGGGCUGUUAAAUACAUUGAAUGGGUAUAAGCAUCACAAAAGAAACAAAACGCCUAAAAACAAUGCUAUUGCAUUGGUACUGCUUUGAUGAAAUCUGCCUUCAUUACUAGCUUAAUUGAACUUGAAUUUUGGCCAAAUAUCCCUUAGUUAAUCUGAUUUCUUUAUGCACUUUUUUUUUGGGUUAAGUGGGGCUGAUGCUGAAGAGUGUUUGUAUAACAUGCGAAUAAAGCUUCUCUUUUAAUGGUUCUUAUUGUAGUUUAAAAGUUUAAGACUUUGUAUAUGCAUAAAAUAAGUAGUGAGCUUUAAACAGUUUGUAUAACUUGAAGGAGACGGUGUUCUCUUAGGAGUUGGGAUAGGUUGUUUGCUGCUCAUUCCAUUUUAGCUGUCUUCUACUUGCAUGAUCUACAAUCUGUAAAUGUCGAUUGCACAUUCUAGUUUCUACAACAUGCUUAAGGUCCCAGAGCAUCAGGUUGCAGGUCACCUAGCCGUUGAUGGAAAACUUGGCCCCCUCGUAGAUGAUUCAGGACGUUUCUACAAGCCUCUCCAGGGUGAUGGACGUGGUAACAAGGAGUUGGCUUUCUAUGAAUCUUUUUCUUCUGAUACACGGGUUCCAGACCACAUCCGCAAAUAUUUUCCUGUUUGCUAUGGCAGUCAACUUUUGGAAGCAUCAAACGGAUCUGGCUUGCUCCAUCACCUUGUUUUGCAAGAUAUAGUUUCAAGUCAUCGCAAUCCAUCCAUCAUGGAUGUUAAGAUUGGUUCCAGAACAUGGUACCCUGAAGCAUCUGACAACUACAUCCAGAAGUGCCUUGAGAAGGAUAGAAGAACCACCACUGUGUCCCUAGGCUUUAGAAUAGCUGGUUUGCAGCUAUAUGAGGGAAAGGAAUCAGGAUACUGGAGACCAGGAAGGAAGGAAGUCCAGAGUUUUACAGUUUAUAAUGUCAGAUCCAUUCUGAGAAGAUUUGUUUCAUCAAAUUCUUCCAUUGGUAAUGAGAACUCUGAUUGUUCGUUUGCUCCUAGCAUAUAUGGUGGAUCAGCGGGGAUUUUGGAACAAUUAUUGGAGCUGAAAGCAUGGUUUGAGGAUCAAACGAUUUACCAUUUUCAUUCAUGUUCACUUCUCAUCUUCUUUGAUAAGGAAUCUGUUUCAAAGGGAAGUGCUUCAGUUCCUGAAAUUAAACUCAUAGAUUUCGCUCAUGUUGUGGAAGGUAAAGGUGUUAUUGAUCAUAAUUUCUUGGGUGGACUCUGCUCUUUGAUAAAGUUUGUUUCCGAAGUUCUCUCUGAUUCAAAGGAAUCCUCAAUCAAAGAUCGUGUGGAAUCUGAGAAGCCAGGCAUUUGUACCGAUAAUGGAAAUUGCCAAUAGAGUUAAAAUGGAAGGACACCGUUUCCAGAGUUCUUAGUUUGUUUUUUGCUCUGUUUUGAGUGUUGGUUCUUUUCCCCGGGAAAAUUGUGAUUUCUUUCUUUUUGGUUUAGAGAUUGAUAUUUAUGUUUCAAAAAAAAUUUUCAGAAAUGAAGAUCCCUUUCUCUUUAA